AUGCACCUCACCAGCCAUCGAUCGGUCCUCUCAAUGGCCGAUAUUGCAGCCAUUGAUCGGUCCUCUCAAUGGCCGAUAUCGAUGUCCGAGAAAAACUCGGAUUCCUCUGUCUUCUACUUGGACCGAUCCUCGAUGGCCGAUAUUGCAGCCAUUGAUCGGUCCUCUCAAUGGCCGAUAUCGAUGUCCGUCAGUAGAAGUGCCUGA